AUGGACAACAAGAUGUACUGGGAUUCACUGGGCAAUGGUUCACACUGGGCUGUGGAAGGCGUACCUGAAAAGAGAAAGUCAAGCAAAUUUUGGCUGAUUCCAACACCAUCCGGAAGGGUUAUGUUGAAAAACUGGCUAGGUUUGUUUCUUGCUGCAGUGGAUGUACGUUCAGAAAAAAUCUUCCCCAUCCAACCUGUUCAGUACUCAACCAAACCAUCCCUGAGUUUUGAAGUGUAUUUCAGAGACAAUAUGGUAGCCUUCCGGGCCUCCAAUGGUCUCUUUCUGUGCAGAACGUUUAGAGAAUUCCAUGGCCUGGAAGCAGCCAAGUUCUUUCCUGAUGAGACCUGUCUUUUUCUACCCCAGAUUGGAGAUAUUGAUCUCCCAACUUUUGAAAUCAUAAGCGUGGUCCCGAAUGACCUUUUCCCAAUCCAGUAUCAUUGUCAUUUUGUGGAUAAACACAUCUUCUACAACAGAAGUUCAAACUCAGUCCUGCAUACCUUUGGCCUCAACUGGGUGACCAACUCCACCGACAGAGUGAUUUGGAAGCAUCUCUGGGGACUGGGAUUGCCUUCUUCUUGCAGUUUCAGGAUCGAGGAUGCAACACCCAUUGUGAAGUACACAGAGAGCAAUCAGCAGAACUUUUCUCUGGUGAGGUCAGUUCUGGAGAUCAUAAUCAAGAAGGUGGAGGUGCCUCCCAGUACCAAAGCAAUAGCAAGCUUUUGGGUUGAUAUAGUGCAUAGUGUGGUCGUACCAUUUCUUGCCACAAUCCAAAAAGUGACACCCCGUGGUGAUGUGGAACAAUUUAAUGAAACUGGAGCGUGGAAGGGGAUGGUCUAUAAGAACCUUCGAGUAGACAUUGCAAUGGAGCCUUUGUGUGAGCUGUGCAGAGGCAUGUGA